AUGGGAUCCUUCGAUUUGGGCACAGGUCUUCUGGAUGGAUUCAUCCGCUAUCGUGGUUAUUCCGGUGACCCCUAUUCAAGCCUAGAAGACUUCUCCGAUCGCCUUAGUCACUUCCUGUCCUCUCUGAUCAUCCUUUUGCUGGCUGGCGUUACCACGACAAACGUGUACUUUCUGCGGCCCAUCUCCUGCACCCUGCCCACUGCUCCGGAUGGCCACUUUACGGUUUUUGCCGAAUCCGUGUGUUGGUUGCAGGGCACGAUUGGCCUCAACGUUGACGACAACAUCCCAAAUGAACCUGCAGACUGGGAUGAGUUGAGAGAGCGAUCAGAUAUAUGUAAGUGUGGAGAGAAAUAAAAAAGACAAGUGUUUGUCAUUAGUCGCUAGCCUGAUUUUAAGUCCACAUCAGACGGCAUCGAAGUCGGGGCAGUCCUGUCUAAAAAUGAGUUGUAAUGAUGGGGACUGCAGCUACGUUGGGAACGGGGCGUAACCUGCCGAAAAUCAGCAAUUCGGAGGCCAUACCAGAACUCUCAACUUGCAACACACGUUGGAGAAACUGGCCAUACUUUCAAUCUUCAGGGAGUUACUCUUUUAGGUCAAGGCAAUUCACAGGCAGAACGGCUAACACAUUAGGCGUAGUAGUACUCAGAUGCCAACUCCAUCAAUAGGCAUCUGGUUCUUCCUGCAGCUUACAUAGCCCUGCGUCAUCGCGUUCAUAAAGCUCCGGACAAGAAGGCCGCGCAGACACAGUCCAACGACGAGCUCACUCGACGAGAAAGAGCUACCAGUCCGACCAACUCCGACAGGGACUAG